AUGGGUAUCGGUGCCAAGAAAAAUGCGCAGAAGCAGAAGAAAAUCAAUCCGUUCGAGCUGAAGUUCAAUAAGUCGAAGUAUGAUAUUCUCGGCCGGAAAAAAGGAGCACAGGUUGGAGCACCGACGGCCUCCAGAAAACGAGCUCAUGAGCAGCGUGAGAAGACUCUCGGCGUCGAAUUCGAUCGGAAAAAUAAAAUCAGCAAGAUUGUGGAUAAAAGACUGGGAGAACGAGACGAUAAGACCGAGGAAGAGAAGGGAGCGAUGCGUUUUACAGAGGAGCGAGUUAAAAACUAUAAGAGAGCGUCGAAAUUCAAUUUGGCUGAUGAUCAGGAUGAGGAGGAAGUAACCAUUACUCACAAAGGAAAGUCGCUAUCCGACAUCGAGAAAUACGACAAAUCCAUGAUUUCGGACUCGGAUGACGACGAGGAGCCGGGCAAUUUGGGCUCUCAAAUGGUCCGAAUCGCUCAUUUCGGUGGUGGAGAGAAGACGGCCGAGGAGAUGGUCAAGGAGAAGAUCAGUCGAGAGGAUAUGAUCUCGAAUUUGAUCGCGAAGACGAAACUGGCGAGACAUGAGAAGCAGCAGCAGAAGGAUGAGUUGGUUAGUGAACUCAUGACCGAAUCUCUGGAUUCCAAGUACGCGGCACUCAUGGCGAAGAUGAAGUCGUCGUUCCGUCCGACUGGAAGACAACAGCUCGAAAAGGAUGACUACGAUAGAUUGGCGAUCACCCUGAAGACCGAAGCGGACGCUCGUGCGACACCAGCCGAUCGUAAGCUAUCCGAAGAGGAAGAGGCUCUCAAGGAAAAGGAGCGUUUGGAUUCUCUAGAAGCCGCCCGUAUCUCCAAAUCCAACGCAUCGCUCAACUCCAGAAGCCACGUGUCAGCAGACGCCGAUGUAGACGUUGACGCUGGAGCGAAAGCGGAUUCUCGCAAACUAAAAGCCAAAAAUGCGCGAUUCGAGGUGAAAUUUGACGAUGAAGGUGGGCUGAUCGAUGGGGAUGUGGAGAGAUCGAGGAUUCUGAAGACGUCAGGGGAUUCUGAUGAGGAGGAGGAGGAUGAUGAGUUGGACGACGAGGAAGAGGAGGAAGACUUGGAUGACUUGAUGGAGGAUGAGGAGGAGUUGGAGGAUUCUGAAGAAGACGAGGAAGAAGAGGAAGCAGGGGUUAAAAAGGGCAAGAAAUCCAAGGAAACUGUCGCCACAGACCUUCCAUUUGUGUUUGAAAUGCCGAAAAACUACAAAAAGUUCUGUGCACUCCUCGAAAAGCAUGCCGAAUCGAUGGAUUUGGUCCUAGAGAGACUUGUGAAGUGUCACCAUCCGAGUCUUAAAGAGGGAAACAAGAAGCGACUCAAUAAGAUGUUCCUGAUGGUUCUGAGAUGGUUCGAUGAUAUGGCAAAGGAGGAGGUUACGAUGCAGAGUGUGAAGGAGAUGAAUUUGGCACAAGCGACCAUGUUUUCGUUGAUGAAAUUCGACAUUCAAUACGGUGUCCGUUGUGUUCGUGCUCUAAUCCGUCAACACUGGAAAGGACGUCAAGAGAAAGAAGCCAAAUCGCCGGCUUCUUUCGGCCUAAUCUCUGCGAUUCGUCUAGUUUCUGGCCUGUUUCCAGUCGCCGAUCAAUGGCAUCCAGUCGUUGUCCCUGCGUUUUUUCUUGCCACAGAAGCGCUUUGUUCGGCGAAAAUUCCAAAUUUAGGGGUUUUGGCAAGACAGAUUCAAUUGGCAAAUGCUAUUGUGGAGUAUGUCGCGGAGUCGAAGAGAUACGUCCCCGAACUGGUCGCAUUUGCUCGUAGUGCUCUUCUAUUGGCUGUCACUGAAAAACCCGAAAAAUUCUCAACUAAUGGAUUCCCAAUCUCGGCGCCACACUCGGAAAUGUUGUGUGUCAGGGAAAAGAUCACCGACGCCGCCCUACAACCAAUCUCUCUCGGAUCCAUCUUCAACGAGACUCUCCCAGACUCGCCAAGUCUGAAAAUUACAGUACUCCGUGCGCUUUUAUCACUGAUCCAGCAUCUUCGUGUCAUGUAUACCGCCCAAAAUGAGACGUAUAACAUUGUUUUUGAGCCAUUUUUGAAGACGUUAAACGCGAUUCAAACGGAGAACUUGCCGAAGGAGGUGCAGGAGGAACUCGAAACCCUAAUCGCCUCGAUGAAAGCAGAAAUUGGUGCCAAGCGUCGUCUGGUGCAUCUAUCUCUCGUCAAAACCGAAAAGAGCAUGUUGAAGAUGUUGGAACCACGUUUCGAGUGGGACUUUGACCCCGAACGACCACACAAGGGACCGAAGGACGAUAAGAAGAAAUUGGUGAAGAAUUUGAGAAAUGAGCAACGAGGAGCGAUUAAGGAGCUCCGAAAGGAUACGGCGUUCCUGGCUAGGAAGCAAAUGUCCAAUGUGAAAUCAAAGGAUCGGGCCAGAAUUGCUGCCACGAAACGAGUCAUGGGCGGUUUGAUGCAGCAGCAGGGAGAGUGGAAUAAGGAGAAGAGAACGGCGGAUGUGGAGAAGAAGAAGACCAAGAAAUAA